CGUGGCCAUGUCUGCGGCCGUUGCGAAUGUUGCGAUAUACGUCCGUUGCCUGUCAGUUGUCAGUUGUCACAUACAUUUUAAUAAAUACGAAUCGAAUUACAAUAAAUAAUUAUUUUUAGGUAAUAGUGUAAUACCGAUUACCAAUAUACCAUUCAUUAUUGUAAUUUAUAUAUAAGUAUUUUAUAUUUUUUAAAUAUACCUAGGUAUACCUAAUAUUUAAUAAGUAAUAAGUACCUAUUUAUAAUCAAUAUUCAAUAGUAACACUAUUACACGAUUAACGGUGUACCUACAUUCAAUGAAUAUCUGUCGUACUGGCCCAUAUCAGCUUUUAGCUCUCGUUCAUUGUUGAAAAUGAUUCAAACGUCAAAUAAUAUGUAUGUUUCCACUGGUUCCAGUAACGACUUGGAUCGUCAAAUCGAACAGCUUAGGCAAUGCGAAAUCAUCAUGGAACAGGAGGUGAAAGCAUUGUGUUCCAAAGCACGCGAAAUACUCAUCGAAGAGAGCAACGUGCAACGCGUCGACUCACCUGUCACCAUAUGUGGAGAUAUUCAUGGACAGUUUUAUGAUCUAAAAGAAUUGUUUAAAGUAGGCGGUGAUAUUCCUGAAAGAAAUUAUUUAUUUAUGGGUGAUUUUGUCGACCGAGGAUUCUUCAGUGUUGAGACAUUUUUACUUCUACUUGCCUUAAAAGUAAGAUAUCCUGAUCGAAUAACAUUAAUACGUGGUAAUCAUGAAUCACGACAAAUCACUCAAGUUUAUGGAUUUUAUGAUGAAUGCUUACGAAAAUACAAUAGUGUUGCUGUAUGGCGUUAUUGUACUGACAUUUUUGAUUACCUGAGCUUAUCUGCUAUUAUCGAUGGAAAAAUAUUCUGUGUGCAUGGUGGUUUGUCGCCUUCAAUACAAACAUUGGAUCAAAUUAGAACCAUUGAUAGAAAACAGGAAGUUCCCCACGAUGGACCUAUGUGUGAUCUAUUAUGGUCUGAUCCUGAAAAUAUUCAGGGAUGGGGUGUGAGUCCUCGAGGUGCUGGUUACCUAUUUGGUUCUGAUGUUGUCUCCCAGUUUAAUACUACAAAUGAUCUAGAUAUUAUUUGUAGAGCUCACCAACUAGUCAUGGAAGGUUAUAAAUGGCAUUUUGAUGAAACUAUCCUUACUGUUUGGUCGGCACCCAAUUAUUGUUAUCGUUGUGGUAAUAUCGCGGCAAUAUUAGAACUCAGCGAAACACUUCAAAAAGAUUUUAUAUUAUUCGAGGCAGCUAUACAAGAAGGACACGGAAUACACUCAAAAAAACAUAUAGCUGACUAUUUCCUUUAAAUAUUCUCUAGUUCUUGAUGUAUUUAAUUUUAAUUCUCAUAACAUAACAGAGAGAAGGAAUUAUUUCAACACAUUUAAGUUUAUUCAUUUUGUAAAGAUAAUGACAAUAUAAUUAUGUAUUUUUAUAUUUAAGAAAAAAUACUUGUAUAAUGUUUAUGUUAUAAUUUUGCUACCUUAAAUUUUUAUAUUUUUACAUUCAUUAUUACGGUAAUUCAUGAUUAUUGUAAAAUAAUAAUUGCAGGUAUAAUUAAAUAUCAAUAAACAAUAAGUAAUAAUUAAUAACUAAAGAGUAUUUAGUACCUAAUUAAUACAACAUUAAAAUUAUAGAUGAAGUUAUGAAUCGAUUUGCAAAUUGUAAUUUGUGGUUGUUCUUGUUUUGUGAUUUUUUUUUAUCUUUUUGACUUGUGUUCUAUUUUGUAUAAUCUAGUAAUUCCAUACACUUUUUACUUUUAAAAUUAAAACACGUAUUGUAAGUUUAAUAAAAAUAAAAAUUUAGUCUGAUAGGUG